GACGCGACCCCCCCUCCUUCCCUUAUAUUAGAGGCAUUGGCCGACUUUAUUGCUUAGUACCUUGGAUGAUUUUUUUUUUGUUGGCUCCCAGUUUUUUUUGUGGUGGUUUUUAGAGGAUGUUAUAUUAUACAAUUCUGAUUUCUGGCUAAAAGAUUACUUUGUCUACAGCACGGUGGUUUAGCCUUGAUGGGUAUAAAGUGAAAAAAGGGUUAUACAAUCAUGCUGCGUGAUUCGGGAGUGUGAUUAUCAGAGAGAAACAGAGAACUUUUUUGGUAUGUUUUUGCAGGUGGGUGUUCUGGUUUUGUCUCUUACAAAUAUUGUUUGGAAAUAAGUUGAAGCUUUUUACUAAAGAGAAGGUGUGAGUUUGGUGCCUCUUUUGCGUACUAGUCAAAGUUCAUGAUCUGGGUUCUUGGGCCUGUCCAUUGUUCAGAUAAGAUUGAGACUAUUCAGAAAUCCCAAGAUAUUGUACAGUAAGCUGAGCUGCAUGUUUAUUCAAGUGAUUUGAGGUGAGAUCAGAAGUUGUCUGAUGUGAUUUGAGGGAAAAGAUGAAAUCUUUGAGUAGUGUAGGACUUGGUCUGAGUGUAGUUUUUGGCUGCCUUUUCUUGGCUCUUGUUGCUGAGCUUUACUACUUAUUGUGGUGGAAGAAGAGGUUAACCAACAGAGAGAUCGAAAAUGACUACAGCAGCCCAGCAAGAGAGCUAUUCUACAUGUUUUGCUGGAAAAGGUCUUCUUCUUUGAGGCACGCAGCUUUGGAUCCCCAAGAACUCUGCUCUUCUGCAGGAAUCACAGGCACACUUGUCCAUGAAUCAGAAGCCCAGCUUCAGAUGCAGUCAAACAAGGAUUUUUUGCUCAAACCCUUUGGAGAGGAUAGCAUGGAGUCAGAGUUUAUGAGGCUGCAAGACCUCUCAGGCCCUCCAAGAUUCCUCUUCACAAUUAUAGAGGAAACGAAAGAGGAUUUAGAAUCUGAAGAUAGCAAGUCUAGGGGUGAUAAGAGUGAAAAGGAUUCAAGAAGUAGGAGCUUGAGUGAUUUGCUUCCAACUGUGGAGACUCCAUAUUUGACUCCUCUGGCUUCACCUUUUUUCACUCCCCCACUUACUCCUAUGGACUCCUGCAACCAGCUUGGUGGAUUCAACCCUCUCUUUGAAUCAGCAAAAGAUGCAGAGUUCAACAGGAUGAAGUCCUCACCUCCUCCAAAAUUCAAGUUCUUGCAGGAUGCAGAGGAGAAACUUAAAAGAAAACUAAUGGAAGCAGCAGCAGUAGCUGAAGAAAAGGUUCACGAGACUGAUGAACUUGUUCAAGAAGACAGAAAUAAACCUCCCCCGUCAAAGUCUCACAAAGAUGAGGAGGAGGGGUCUUUCAUCACAAUCAUUGUUGAUAAGUACAAAGAAAGAGAGCUUAAUCAUCAUCAUCUUCCCCAGUACCAUUCAAGCACUUCACAGGUUCUUCCUCUACCUUCCUCACCUUCAACAUUCAGAGCACCUAUUAUUAACAAGAAGACCAAUUUACUUUAAAUUAAGCUUCAUUAAACCAGACUGAAACGGGUUUGUUUUCUUUUCCCCCCCUUUGUAUUUUAUUAGAUUUUUUCUUACUGUGUCAGGUUCUUGAGUUUUAUCUUAUUUCCUUUGCUCUAUUUGGGGAUGUUAAAAAAAGCUUUAAUCCCUCUGCAAUGUAUCUUAAAUUAUGGUGAUGGGGGGGACAACAUUCUCUGCAACAUGAUGUGGAGAGGUGGGUCUGAUGCUAGUGGGAGACCUGUGGGGUUAUUUGUUUUAUUCAAUCUCCAUGUCUCCUGAGUUGUCUUGUACUAUAAUCAUUCUAGUGAGUGAUGUUCCAACUGAUGUUAUUGACGAGCAGAGCACUGUAAAAUUCUUUCAAAGGCCAA